AUUAAGAAACUGGUUGGGAAUUGAAUUAAAUUGUUUAACAGCACUGCAUGAGAAUGAACGUUGAAACAAUGCACUAG